AUGGCUGAUACCGUUGCUCCUGUUGCUGCUCCGGCCGCUGCCUCUCCGGCUAAGGCACCGAAGAAAGCCAAAGCCUCCAAGGGAGACGCCAAGAAACCGAAGAAGCCAUCGACUCACCCUCCAGUGAACGACAUGGUUUUGGCCGCUAUCAAGACCCUGAAGGAACGUAACGGUUCCUCGCUGCAGGCCAUCAAGAAGUACAUCGCCGCCAACUACAAGUGCGACGUUGCAAAGUUGGCUCCGUUCCUCAAGAAGGCCCUGAAAUCGGGCGUCGAAAAGGGAAAGCUUGUCCAGACCAAGGGAACUGGCGCUUCCGGUUCAUUCAAGAUUAAGGCCGACGCUAAGAAACCAGCAGGCGAGAAGAAGGCCAAGAAGCCAAAGAAGGAGACCAAGGCUAAGAAGCCAGCUGGCGAGAAAAAGGUUGCCAAGAAACCAAAGGCCACCGCUGCCAAGAAAACUGGCGAAAAGAAGGCUAAGGCCGCACCGGCUAAAGCUGCCAAGAAGGCUGCCGGAGUGAAGAAAGCUGCUGCACCUAAGCAGAAAGCCACUAAACCAUCAAAGACCGCAGCCAAGAAACCGAAGACCCCGAAGCCAAAGAAAGCUGCUCCAGCCAAAAAGGCCGCGCCGAAAAAAGCAGCAGCCAAAAAGUAAAUUUUAAUUGACAAUGAAUCCUAUUACCAGUAUCUGGUACAAACAAACAGUUCUUUUAAGAACUACCAAAUCUAUACAUGAAGAAGUUGAUUGUUUUUCUCCUUUAACGCAUUACACAAUUUUGUUCAAUAUCAACAUAAUUUUUUACCAGUCAAAAAUUCAGACAAAACAAUUUCCAUAUCGAAACUGCCUGACAGAGACAAUCAGUUUUCUGUUUAUGCAUAAGAUGCUCGGAAUUGCUUCGCUGAGAAU